AUGGAUAUGAAGAAGCUCGCCAUGGAGCAUGCCGCUCAGAUGUGUCCUUUCCUCCGAAACGUGUCGCUCUCAUCGUCCUCUCCGCACUCAGCUCCCCUCUCCCACUCGCUCGGGGACCUCUGUCCCGCUUCCGCCGCGCUCCCGGGAAAGAAUCCCAUCUUCGAGGAAACUUCGUCCUCCUUCGAGGUCGCUUUCAGGCUCUUUCACGGCGAAACGGGUGUUGUCCCUCUCGCGAAGACUUCCGACGUCGCCUCCGUUAACUCAGGCGAAAUCAACGAUGGCCAGAUCAGCCAGUCGCUUUCCGUCAUUCCCGCGCUCCAUGCUACCGGGAUUACCGCCGAGAAGAAGUCAUUACAGAGCAUUUCAACCGCUAAGGACACCACUCAGGCCUUUUCUCUGAUGGGUUAUGAGACAGCAGAAGAGCAGGAUCAGGACGUUUGUCCGUACGCUGCGGCGUUCGCAGGCGGUCUGGGUGCGUCAGCGGCGACGAUCAGCCUGUCAGUGUUUGGCCCAUCUGGACCGUUCAGUUAUGAUUCCUUCCGAUCGCGCGGGGAGAGCAGCAAGGAGCAGCAGAGACGGAAGGAGCAGGAGGAGAAGAGGCGUCGCGAGGAGGAAGCUUCGAAGCCCGCGUCCGGAUUCCAAUACCGCUGCCCGGCUCCCAUCAUCGCCAUGCGCGCAGCCGUCGCCAAAACAUCCGCCAUGAAAGCCCUCCGGCCGCAGGCCCUCCCUAUAAGAACACUCGCUAUAGGCACGAUCGGCAUGAUGCUGAACAUCCCGCUGGGAGUUUGGCGAGAGCAUUGCGAAAAGUUUUCUCCACAGUGGAUUAUCGCCGUGCAUGCUUCCGUUCCGCUGGUCGCCGUGCUGCGGAAGGCUGCGCUCAUGCCGAAAUACGCCAUGGCCUUCACUAUAGCGGCAUCCGUUAUUGGCCAGGCCAUCGGGGCGAGGUUGGAGCGGAGACGUCUGAAGAAGAUCAAGGAAGGUUCAGAGAAUGCUAAGACACGUAGCGAGUGCCGGGCUGUUGCUGCAGGGACAGGUUCUUGCAAGGCCGCUGCUGGUAAGGAGGGCGUGGGUGCGCUUGUAAGCUCCGUGGCUGUUGGCGCUGGUGGUGGAGCGAGUGCUGGCAGCGCAUUGAAGGUUGCCGCUGUCGCGCAUUGA